AUGGCUGACAGAGGAGUUGACCAGAGACUGAAUAAGGAACUAAACUUCUCUGUCUGUGAAGACGAUUUUGAGAAUGGAGGUCAGAUGACAACACAGGGCACCGGAGAGGCCCAGAGCCCAGCGUCUGAGAGGGAUGAGGAUGAGGAGAUGGAGGAUCCCAAGUCUCCCCCCAGAGAUGAACGUUAUCCUUCUCAGAACAGAGACACAGAAAGCCCAGGUCCCGUUCUUUGGGUUCCAGUUUCAAUCCUUCCCAAAUGUCCAGAGACACCAAGACCAUCCAGGAAGAGCAAGCUGCCAGUCACUGACAACCUCUCCCCGCCCAAAAAUUCACUGAAUCCGCCUGAGAUGAUUUCAAAAGGAAAACUCUCUACCCAAAGCGCUAAACAUCUGAGACUCACACCUUCUCUCUUCAUGGAUGAGACCUCUCUGUCUCUGGUUAAUAUCAACCCAUUCACUCCAGAGUCCUAUAGAAAAGUAGUCCUUCAAUCAAAUAACAAGAGGAAAACCAGAGGCUGCCAAGAGGAACCUGGAGAAGGGGGAAGCAAAUCAGAACAUGGGCUGCCUACUAAGAGAAGUAUUCUACGAGAAACUAAUAUGACUUCCCGCUAUGAAAAGGAAUUUUUGGAGGUAGAAAAAAUUGGGGUUGGGGAAUUUGGUACAGUCUACAAGUGCAUUAAGAGGCUGGAUGGAUGCCUUUAUGCAAUAAAGCGUUCUUCGAAAUCAUUCUCAGGAUUAUCAAAUGAUUUGGAUUUGCACGAAGUCUAUGCUCAGGCAGUGCUUGACCAUCACCCCCAUGUGGUACGCUACUAUUCUUCAUGGACAGAAGACGGUCAUGUGGUCAUUCAGAAUGAAUACUGUAACGGUGGGAGCUUGCAAGCUGUGAUAACUGAAAACAUAGAGUGA